AUCGGGUCGACGGGUGACCCGGGACGCACUUUUCUCUUUUGGCCGGUUUCCCACCGUCACAGGUCAUUCAUCGCCGAGCAAAUGUUACUGAGCAGCCAUACAGGAACGCCGCUUACCCUAUGUGCCUAUUCUUCCUGUUAUUUUCAUCAAGAUAGAUCAUCAAAAUCUUCCAUGCGCGCUGCAUCCCAUUUUCUCAACACUUUCUCCUCCGUUUUCAGCGGCCGUUGGGACCUUCUCAGCCUCUUCUCCACGGCAUCUCUUCUCCGGAGCUCCUCAGCAACGUCUCAUACUCUUCGAUUCUACCCUCGUCGCCCGCUGUACUCCUCUACGCGUCUCUCGUAUCCUAUUUCGGCUCGUACUUUUUUCGAACAGUUAGUUUACGAGUCCGAGGAAUCGUUCAACCAUGAAGGUGAGAUGUCCAGCAGUAGCAAUGAGAGGGAAAGUUUCCGUUUUGAUAGCUCCUAUGACUCUACCGAAUUGAAGCGAGAUGAUUCGCCGGCUUUUGAUGUCCAGAAGCUUGAAGACGUUCCAGAAAAGUGGCGUAGGUCAAGACUGGCCUGGCUGUGCAAGGAGCUUCCUGCACAAAAGCAAAACACUUUGGUUCGGAUUCUCAAUGCUCAGAGGAAGUGGCUCAGACAAGAAGAUGCUACUUAUGUCGUGCUUCAUUGUCUGAGAAUUCGUGAAAAUGAGACUGCUUUCAGAGUAUACAAAUGGACGAUGAUGCAACAUUGGUAUCAAUUUGAUUUCUGUCUAACUACAAGGCUAGCAGAUUAUUUGGGUAAGGAGCGUAAACACUUGAAAUGCCGCGAGGUUUAUGAUGACAUACUUAAUCAAGGACGAGUGCCUGCCGCGUCAACUUUCCAUAUUUUAAUUGUUGCUUAUCUUAGUUCAUCCGGUCAAUCAGUGGUUGAAGAAGCAUUUGGAAUUUACAGCCGCAUGAUCCAAUUGGGAGGCUAUAAGCCUCUCCUUAGCUUGCACAAUUCCCUGUUCAAAGCUCUAAUAGGAAAAGCAGGGGGCUCUUUUGCAGAAACUCUUAAACAAGCAGAGUUCGUUUAUCAAAACUUGACUUCCUUUGGCCUUCAUAUACACAAGGAUAUCUACGGUGGCCUUAUAUGGCUCCACAGUUUUCAAGAUUCAAUUGACAAAGAUAGAAUUGCUUCACUGAGAGAAGAGAUGUGUUUGAGAGGCAUCGAAGAGGGCACUGAUGUACUUUUGUCAGUCAUGAGAGCUUGCUCAAAGGAUGGAGAUGUGGUGGAAGCCGAAAGGACUUGGACGAAACUUCUUUCCUCUGAUAAUCGUACUCCUUCACCACAAGCCUUUGUGUUUAAAAUGGUGACUUAUGCAAAGAUCGGAGAGCAUAUGAAAGCUUUGGAGAUAUUUAGGGGAAUGCAAGAGAUGUUGAGUUCCACUCCCGCCAUAGCAUUUCAUAGAAUUAUAGAGAUAUUGUCAAAAGCUCAAGAGAUAGAACUGGCAGAAUCAGUCUUUCAAGAGUUCGUUGACAGUGGGACGUGCCCGCUCCGGCCUUCAUUUGUACAUCUCAUGCAGAUGUACUCUUUUUCUAGACGACAUGAGAAGCUGGAGUCCACUUUCUUUAAUUGUCUCGAAAAAAGCCACCCAAAUCGGACUGUCUUCAGCAUCUACCUGGACUCAUUGGUUCAGAAUGGGGAUAUUGAAAAGGCCGAAGAAGUAUUCAAUCAGAUGGUUGAGAACACUUCUAUUGGUGUAAAUGCUCGGUGCUGUAAUAGCAUACUGAGAUGUUAUCUCUCUCGCGGGGAGCAUAUCAAAGCAGAAAAGGUGUACCGGUUAAUGCGCCUGAAGAAAUAUGAUACUGAUCCUUCCUUGAUAGAAAAGCUGAAUUUUGUUCUAAGUUUGCGCGAGGUGGAUGUCAAAGAACCAAUAAGGCAGAAACUCAGUAUAGAACAACGAGAGGUUAUGGUGGGGUUGUUGUUGGGUGGUUUGCAAAUCAAAUCGGAUGUGGAGGAUAAGAAACAUUUAAUCCAUUUCCAGUUUAACAAAAACUUGAAACACCAUUCUGUUUUAAGGAGGCAUGUGUAUGAUAAGUAUCGUGAGUGGUUAGCUUGUUUAGAUAAACUGGCUGAUGAUGAAGAUGAUGUUCCAUGGGUAUUUGCUACCAUUCCACAUUCUUAUUUUGGUUUUUAUGCCAACCAGUUCUGGAAAAACGGUAUUCCUACUAUUCCCAAACUAAUCCAUAGAUGGUUGUCGCCUCGAGUUCUUGCUUAUUGGUACAUGUACUCAGGGUAUAGAACAUCAUCAGGUGAUAUUCUGUUGAGAUUGCAAGGAAGCAAAGAUGGUGUUGAAAAUAUUGUGAAGACAUUAAAGGCAAAAUCUUUAGAUUGCAGAGUGAGGAAGAAGGGAGGUGUGUUUUGGGUAGGCUUUAUUGGAGAUAGGUCUGGAUGGUUCUGGAAACUUGUUGAGCCCUUUAUUCUUGAUGAUCUAAAAGGUUUCUUGAAAUCAGAAGGAGGCAACCAAUCAGGUGAUUGCGAAGGAGUUCAACCCAUUGCAAGUUGGUGUGAAUAUGAUGAGAAGCCUUUUAGUUCCAGUGAUGAUGAGGUGUGAAUGGUUUGGAUUCUCGCCACUGCAGGUUAAGUUUGUGUCUGGGAAAAAAGGCUGCAUCACCAUACAAGUGUGCAGAGGUUUAGAAGCAUUUGGUUUACUUACUACAGUUGAAAUGAAUAUAUCAUGUAUUAUUAUUUCAAAAAAUUCAGCAGAUUUGAUCAUUUGAGCAAAAGUAAUUGGUAGUUUUUAAUUUUAAUUUAUUAAUUUCUGCAUGUA